UAUAUAUACCGUAUUAGCGGUGGCUUUUCAGCUCGCGCGUUGUGUCGCCGCAAUAUAUUUCGCCCCGUUUUUACUCAAUUGCCGUUUGCUCUUUCGCCACAUCACAGAUACAUUUACUACGAGCAGUCAUGGGAGUCAGUGUCGAAGUUAUUUCCCCCGGAGAUGGUUCAACCUACCCAAAAACCGGUCAAACCGUGGUUGUCCAUUACACAGGUACCCUUACUAAUGGAAAGAAAUUUGACUCAAGCAGAGACCGUGGAACACCUUUCAAAUUCAAAAUUGGCAAAGGUGAAGUAAUCAAAGGCUGGGAUCAAGGAGUAGCACAAAUGUCUGUUGGUGAACGUGCCAGACUAACUUGCCCACCUGAGGUUGCAUACGGUCCAAGAGGACACCCUGGCGUUAUCCCACCAAAUGCUACCCUUAUCUUCGAUGUUGAACUCCUGAAGGUGGAGUAAGGCAACAUUCUGCAAGCCACGAUCUUUGGAGUUUUCCUAUGGCACAGGACAACUGAGGUGCCAAAAACUGAAGAACCUCUACAAAUUAGUUUAAGUUGAAUGGCAUUUUGUACAAGAUUAAAUUAAAUUCAAUCGUUUUAAUCUUAUGUUACUAGUGCAAAAUUUGCAGACAGUAAUAAAAACAAACCCAUUAACUUAAAAUGUAUAGAAAAGAAUAAAUUCAUUUAACAUCAAUCAAAGCAAUUUUACUCAAAUGAAUAGUGUAUAAAGUAAAAUUUUAUGCAUGAUUUCAAAAAGAAACUACUGCAAAUUAAAGCGAUUGAAUUAUUCUUGAAGCAUUUGAAAUUUUAAUAUUUGUGUUCAUUCCAAUUAUUGAUACUUUCAAUUUGAUAAUUUUUCUUAUUAAAAAUUUUGUAUAAACUUCACUUAACAGUUCUAUUGUAUAUUGUAAUUCAAAAUACCAAAACAAUAAAACUUUCUGUCUGCCA